AUGGCUGCCAGACUACUGGAAAGAGUCUUUGUCAAGGUCCACAUCCGAUCAGCCUGGAACAAGCUACACAACAUGACGGAGCAAGGCGAGUUAUCGUCUGCGCUCGAGUCCCUGAUCCACCUGACGGCCACAGAUUCGUCGUAUUGUGAACUCAUUGGCGUGAUGGUCGAUAUGAUCUCAACAGACAGUCUUGGGAUUGCCGCUCCCUUCCUCUGCCAUAUCAUCGACAUGGCUGCCCUUCCUUCGCAACAAACAACCCGCCGCAUGUCUCAGCAAUUGCUCUCAAAGUGUGAUCCAGGUGGAUUGGCUCGCCUUCGGUCCAAAAAGAAAAACAAGACUGCAGCUGCACUAAUCUGGAGUAUGCUCGCCAAUCGACUUGCAGGAGAGAUGAGCGCAACCUUGUUCUCGGAUGCAGUCUGUGAGUGUCUCCUCAACAACAUCGAAAACGAUCCCGACAUGACCUGCAAGGUGUUUUCUAUCAUCGCCCUUGAGAAGUUCAGUCUCACAGGACCCUGCAAAGCCAGGAUCAUGCAGACACCCAUCAGGAAACUCUUGCGGGAUACGGCCAACAUGUCGACUUUUGGCUUGACAGACAAGGAAGAAAUUGCAGGAAUCCUUCAGGCAAAGUUCUGUGCCGAGUGGUCUCUUCGAAACAUCUUUAGAGGUAUCACCGAGGAACCAAAGGAGGCCACCCUGGAAGGAUCACAGCCGGGAGACGAGAGCCCAUCUAUUUCUCAGACAGAGAACGACAUGUCUGUUCGGGAGUCACUUUCACCUACGGAGGGAGGGUCCAAGCGAGCGGUAGACUCUCGUCCAACCAACGUCAACGUCAUCCUGAACACACUGGACGCUACCCGACACUGGAAGAUUUCAGAAGACGGCCUCACCAUCCGAAACGACGGAUCCACGUUCGAGUCGAUCAGGGCCACCAAGGGCCUUACUUGUGGCAAAUGGUUCUAUGAGGUGACACUCGUCACCGCUGGGAUCAUGCAGCUCGGCUGGGCGACCGCUCACUGUCAGUUUUCACCUGAGGAGGGCACCGGGGUUGGAGACGAUCUGUUUGGGUUCGCUUAUGAUGGUAGCCGGAAUCUCAUUUGGUCUAGCGGAGAGUCUGAGCCAUACGGAGAACCAGAGGCAUGGCGACCUGGUGACAUUCUAGGAUUCUACUUGGAUAUCGACAACGCUGCUAUGGAGUGCUUCAUGAACGGCCGGGGCCUCGGAGCCAUUACUCCGUUUGAUAAGGAUCGUUUCGCCGCCCAGGCUACCUCAGGAUACUUCCCAGCCUUCUCGUUUACCUCGUUCCAACAGGCGACAUUUAACUUUGGCGCCUCGGAGUUCAAAUACCCUCCAGCUCUCCCAUGGCGAAAUCUGAACGAACACGGAGCGAUCUCUCCAGAGAUGAAGCGAGCCAUCAUUCGACCAAGGAGCGAAAGCGUCUAUGGACGACUGAAACUGGAUCCCGUCACUGGUGUCCGUCUGGCCUCGAUGCCCGAAGAGGACGACGAUAUCGACUACAGUUUACUCUGUACCAUCUGCUGUGAUCAUACUGCGACCGUGACUUUGCAACCUUGCGGACAUGAUGGACUCUGUGUCGAGUGUGCCUACUCUCUCGACAUGUGCCCGCUUUGCCGAUCCCGGAUCUAUCAACGCCAAAUGUUCUCGGCGAGUGAAACAAAGGAAACCACAGCACCAGCAGCAAACGGAUUGCUCAUCUCUGGCUUGUCGAGUGAUGCAAGCGACUGUAGCAGCGCUCAUACAACACUCCCAGGACUCUCAGCAUCAAGCACUACCACAUCUGCAUGGUCCACCGAGUACUUUGGUCCAUCUGGAGCAGGUCACAGUCGAGACCCGGUGUUGACUGCAAGUGGUGGAGCAACACACCAAUACCAGGACACCGUAGCUGCUGCAGCUGCAGCUGCCGCCGCGACUGCUAUUGGAACCAUGGCCGCCUCAGCACAGAACAGCCGUAGCACGAGUACAAGUGGCGCUCCUAGCCAUUCUGGAUCGACAGAGUCGCUUUCUCGUCGAAGGAAUACUCUGGCGGCGACGACGCCUUCAAGUAGCAGGAUUGCGUUGGAGCAGGAUUGUCUUAUUGAUCCAUUCUCGCCCCCUUCGACUGCCUACUUUGCCUUCUUGAAUCGGCCUUCUCGACUGCAGCGACCCAGUAGUCAUCUUCAUCCGAUGGAUAUGGAUUCUGUGGACCCUUUGGGGCUUCCUGAUGGCAGUAGUCGUCGAGCGUCGCUUCAGCCACAGCCAUUCGAUCCUCUUCCUAUCCCUCAUCAUCACUCUCAUUCUCAUGCGAGCUCGUCGGAACUGGGACCGUUGGAUGCAGUGCCAUCAUUGUUUUCGUACCCUGAUGAUAUAAACUCGUCGGAGGUGGGAAACUGGACUGCCCCGGUAGUCUCUGAGUAUGACGACGAAGAAGAGGAAGAUGACGACGAAGAGGAAGGAGACGGUCUGGAUGUUCAUCUGGUGGAUGAGGGCAGAGAGGCGACCAACUGCGAUGUGAUGGACCUGAGUGCCGCUCCAGACUUUCCAGACGCAGGAUCAACCUUACAUUCUCGACGGAGCAGUAUCCAGGUUGUGAAUGGUGCCACAUCUGGCUUUCCAUCCAUGAUGAUGAAUCCUGCUGCUGUUGUGCUACCGACAUUGUUGGAUUUCGAUCGAAUGGGGUCUCUUUCUUCGUCGUCGGGAGUUAGUUUUGGAAGCAGUGAUGGUAGUUCGAUGGAUGUUGUUGGAGGAUUGCCCCCGCCCCCUCCUUUUCCUCCUGUUGCAGGUGGGGCAUCUCGGUUUGGAGGACGACGCGCUUCAAUGCCCAGUAAUCGCUUGGAAAUGUAA